UGACCUCUGGCAUCUUCCCGGGGAGGAAGCCAAGGUCGUUCGCUUGCAGGGAGGGGCCUGGUGGCCGGGAACCGUCCCUGCCAGGGCCCAGGGACGGGGGGUUUCAGUGACGCGAGGUUGAUGCCAGAGCUGGCUGAGGUGUGUCCGUCCUCAUGUCCAGGUGGUCCUUGUGUGGUCACGUUGGAGUUGGGGGCUGCUUGAUCCAUCACCCGUGGGCCAGGCGGUCUGUCCUCGCCAGCCUCUGCUCCCCGCCUCAGGCAGCGUGGGGUCCUCAUUGGAUUCCUUGAGGAUGGAGUGGUGUGUGCCCCGCCUCCAAGGCUGUGGCUGGGAGUGGAGGCGGGCCGGGGUGGGCUCCCCAUCAGCCCAUGUCAGCCCACCGCUCUGUGGGCCUUGACUGGUCCCGAGGCUGAGAUAGCCUCGGCCUGGAAUGUUUGCUCUCUGUCCCUGUUAUCUGCGCUGGGGACAAGCUUUGGGCUGGGCGUGUCCUGCAGAUAGCAUGGCCAAAGUGCUCUUCUGAAGCAGAGACGGGCGGGGAGCCGGCCGCUUUGGCUUUUAGGUCCGUGGGUUCCCAGCCCUUGGCACAUUGUCCGAGAUCACCCAGAUAGACGCACGGCUUCGGAGGAGGGCUGGGGUGGGCAGAGCUGGAGGGCCGGAGGACUCGUGUGCGUCUCAUUCCACAGAUGCUGCUUGGUAACCUGGAUCGAAAAUGGGUCAGAUCCUGGCAAGGGAGGGGCGCGGCCGCAGACAGGCCGACGCUGGGUUCAGGUUCCCACCUUGUGCUCGCGGAGCCCUGGCAGUGCCCGCUCCCACCUGCGGCCCUCCUGGCUGAGCAGAGCCAGUGGGUGACUUGGGCCGGAUGGGGCGGCUGGCCAGGCCUGGGGAACAGAGUGGGUUGAGCAUAGGGGCUUCCGCUCUGAGCUGCCAGCCCAGCCAGAGCAGGUGGCGGAGCAGGUGUGUGACCAAGCGCCUGUCUGUUUGCAAUUAGCCCCGACCCUCUAACCUGCACUCCGUGAGCCGCUGAGAACCAGGAAAGUGGAGCUGCCAGCGCCCCUGGAGCAGUGACAGCGCGGGGGGAAGGGGAGGAAGGAGGAGAAACAGUGAGCGAGCUGCCUGCGCCGCCCUUCCUUUGCGUGCCUGCCCACGAUGUGUCAGUCAGAGGCGCGGCGAGGACCAGAGCUGCGCGCGGCGAAAUGGUUGCACUUCCCCCAGCUGGCCCUGCGGCGGAGGCUGGGCCAGCUGAGCUGCAUGUCCAGACCCACCCUGAAGCUGCGCUCCUGGCCCCUGACCGUGCUCUACUACCUCCUGCCCUUCGGCGCCCUCAGGCCGCUCAGCCGGGUGGGAUGGAGGCCUGUGAGCAGGGUGGCCCUGUACAAGUCCGUGCCGACGCGUCUGCUGUCCAGGGCCUGGGGCCGCCUCAACCAGGUGGAGCUGCCACACUGGCUGCGCAGGCCCGUGUACAGCCUGUACAUCUGGACCUUCGGUGUGAACAUGAAGGAGGCCGCUGUGGAAGACCUGCACCACUACCGCAACCUCAGCGAGUUCUUCCGGCGCAAGCUGAAGCCGCAGGCCCGGCCUGUCUGUGACCUGCACAGUGUGAUCAGCCCAUCGGAUGGGAAGAUCCUCAACUUUGGGCAGGUGAAGAACUGCGAGGUGGAGCAGGUGAAGGGAGUCACUUACUCCCUGGAGUCGUUCCUCGGCCCUCGCACCUGCACUGACGAGCCACCCUUCCCACCAGCCGCCUCCUGCGACUCCUUCAAGCAGCAGCUGGUUACCCGGGCAGGGAAUGAGCUCUACCACUGCGUCAUCUACCUGGCCCCCGGGGACUACCACUGCUUCCACUCCCCCACCGACUGGACCGUCUCCCACCGGCGCCACUUCCCGGCUGUCGGGGCCACCAAUGUGGGCUCCAUUCGCAUCUACUUCGACCGGAACUUGCACACAAACAGCCCGAGGUACAGCAAAGGAUCCUACAAUGACUUCAGCUUCGUGACGCACGCCAACAAGGAGGGCAUCCCCAUGCGCAAGGGCGAGCACCUGGGCGAGUUCAACCUGGGCUCCACCAUCGUGCUCAUCUUCGAGGCCCCCAAGGACUUCAACUUCAAGCUGAAGCCCGGACAGAAGAUCCGCUUUGGGGAAGCCCUGGGCUCCCUCUAGCACCUGCCUGCGCGCUGCUGAGGGUCUGUUUUCAUGAGGAGCACGCGGGUCUGAGGGGCGGCCCGCCAGACUGUCCUGUCAGGGUCCGAGCUGGGGGCUCUCGGAGAUGUGCUCCUGCCUGUCCGGGGGCAGAGACGGUCUGGCUCUUGACAGGGCAGCUGGAGCCGCUAGCCUCCCAGGCCGGUCCCUCCCUCUCCUCUCCAGGGCAGUACAGGCUGGGAGCAGCUGUCACUUAGCCUUUCUAACACUGCAUAACCUGGAGGCCUCUGUCUGCCAGCCCUGCACUUGGUCUGGACUGUCGCUCUAAGAGGGUGCGAGGUGCUGCUGCGCUUUGUUGCUGCUCCUCCCUGCGUCCGCCCAUCUUCCGGGGCCCUUUGUGCUUCUGGCUUUACCCCCGCCUCCCCCACACGGUACACAGGGUGACGUGCCUCCUGGCACAGACUGUGGACCUGCCUAGCACCCCAUAGCAGGGCCAUCG